ACGUAAGAAAAUAAAGAAACGACGAAUAAGGAAACGCAACAAUCACGUUCGUUUUUGUUGGAUCCCAAAGUGUUUUGAAACUUUCAUGGCUUUGUUGUGUUGUCUUCUUCUUCCUUCACGCCACACUCUUCUCUUUUCUCUCACAAACAAACCCUAGCCUGCGUGUGACUAAGCCUCCUCCUCGGCUCGAAUCCAACUGAACAACAAAAAAGAUGACCGAAGAUGAAGAACAGCUGAUGAUUGGUCCUUUAGAUCCCAGUUCGUCAAUGGUUGUCAUCAGAGAUUCCCCAAUUCACGAUGACGUUGUCUUCCCGCCGAUCUACCACGAAGAUCUCGUAGUCGACUAUUCCAUCUAUGGAGUCGAUAGGUAUAUUGAAUCUCCAUCGGAAUCCUCGUCUCCGUCGUCUUCAUCGAGGCACUCUGGUUCUUCUUCUUCUUCUUCUUUUUCGUUGUUUCCUUCUGAUUCAGAUGUAUUACCCUCUGAAUUCGACCGCAAGUCUCCGUCGGAAACUGAACAGAAAUCUCCGCCGUCCGAUUCAGACAAACAACCAAAAUCUCCGCGAGUUCCCGAUUCAGACGGGAAACAAUUGAAUCGUGAAAUUGAUGUCUUGCGAGAUUGGUGGGAGCUUCUUCUCGUACGUGUGUACUCGAAAUUGAAGAAUUUGGUGACCUGGUUCUCAGUCACUCUCCGGCCAUUUUAUCCAGUUCUUGCCACUGCGAUUUGGUGGUGGAUGCGUGUACGAGCUCGUCGGAAACGUGUCAAAGGUGGAACCGCGGAUCAUCUUCGAGAUGCGAUCAAAGAGAGAGACGAGAGGAUAGUUCAGCUUUUACAUCAGAUUGCUCAAAUGAAUGAGCUACUGAUUAAGCACCACAAGGACAUCGUAUCAAGAAGAUGAUCCAUCUAUCACGAAAUUCAAACUUCUUUUUAGCUUAUUGAUUCUUUUUUGUUUCUUGUUUAUAUUCUUUUGCAAGCCACUCAAAGCUCUCUGUAAAAUUUCUACAUCUCAAUCUCUCAAGUCAAAAUCAUCAUAGAGGUAAAA